AUGACCAAGGUUUUGGCAAGGGUGGAGCACAUGACGUGUGCAUGGUUCACGUCGUGCAUGUCGCUCGGCGGCAUUUCGAACCUGCUGCUCUCGCGCAUCAUCGACUCUGCCCCGCUCCACCGCAUCGGCAUCGCCCUACUCAUCCUCAACAUGCUCUACUUUAUCGCACUGAUUCUGCUGCAGGUGGUGCGGUUUACGUGCACACCUGCGCGGGUGGGGUAUACGCUCUCCCACCCCAUCGAGUGCCUCUUUGUCCCCACCAUUGUUCUUGCCGCCGCAACGGUCCUGAACGGGCUUGCGGCGGUCGCGGGGAGGGAUGUAGGGGGUGGAUUGAGGACGGCGUUCCAGGUGGCAUUUUGGGUGUAUUUUGCAGCGGCGCUGGUGGUGGGUGUGGGGUGCUACACGGUGCUGUGGGCAAGGGCGGAGGGGAGCAUGCACCAUAUGAACCCGGCUUGGGUGCUCCCUGUCUUCCCGCUUAUGCUGUGUGGAAGUGUAGCCGUAGCGGUGGUGCCGACACAGACGGAAGAGAGCGCACUCAAUAUUGCCAUUUCCUUUACCAUCAUCUGCCUGCUGGGACUCGCGCAGGAGAUGCAGCGAAUUCUACCCGCCUUACCGCUGCCAAGCCUACCGGCAUCGACAUACGAGACGUUGUUCAUCGGCGCGCUCGCUGCAAGCAUCCUGCUCUGGACAGUGGCGGCGUGGUUCUACCUCAUCACCCUCGCCGCUAUCGCCGCAGCUCUGCUGACAGAGCGGAGGAAUGUGCAGUUCAUCUUGGCGUGGUGGGCGGCCGUGUUCCCUAUCACCGGGUUCGCCACUGCCACCAACGCCAUCGCCGACGCACUCGACAGCUCGCCGAUCAAAAUCCUCGCACAGAUCAUGGUGGUCGUGCUAGCGGUGGUGUUUGUCGCCAUUGCCGCGGCGCAUAUCCAUGCUGUAGCCAACGGAAUCAUUAUGGCACAAGGCAAGGAUGAAGAUCGGCUUAUCGACACCAUGCAUCGUCAAGACGAGGAGAAAGUGCCGGCGGCGGAACGCGAGCGCGAAACGCCGCCGACCUAUCCGAACACGCCGGCGGUUUCGGUGUUCCGCCUCGAACGCAAGCUCACGGCGUGA